AUGCUUGCUUCCUUGCAUAAUCUUCCUUGGGCUAUGAUGGGAGACUUUAAUGAAGUGAUUACAGAAGAAGAAAAAUCUGGGGGUAAUCCCAUUAGUCAGCGAAGGGUUAAUGCUAUUCUGGAUUGCAUGGACACUUGUCAGAUGAUGGACUUGGGUUUCUCCGGUCCCAAAUUUACUUGGUCAAAUAAAAGAGAGAUUGGGCAUUUGAUUCAGUGUAGAUUGGAUAGGUGUUGGGUAAAUCCGAAUUGGAGGGCUUAUUACUUUGAAGCAAAUGUCACUCACUUAGCCAGGAUUAAUUCGGAUCAUUGCCCGUUACUACUCAACCUUCACCCAGCCACUGGGCAAGGUUCAAAUCGGCCUUUUAGAUUCCAGUCUGUGUGGUUGAGUCAUAAGGAUUUUCCAGCUGUGGUCCGGGAAGCUUGGGCAGGCAUGGAUGACAAUUUGGAGGUUGCUAUUGAUAGAUUCACUAUUCGAGCUCAGAAAUGGAAUAAAGAAAUUUUUGGAAAUGUGUUUUUGAGGAAAAAGAAGAUCCUUAAUCGCCUUGUGGGGAUUCAAAAAGCUCUUGCCAAUUGUCCCAGCUCCUUCCUCAUUAACCUCCAGGAUCAUUUUUGGAGAGAGGAACACUACUUUCUUCCAUCAGUCUACUCUUGCCAGAAGAAGCAGAAAUAG